AUGGCAACAGCGAAUGUGAAACAAGGACAACAUAUAAUGUUCUCAUACGGCUGGGAUAUACAAAAGGAUGUAUUGGAAAUUUAUCAUCGUCUUCAAGCGAAUAAUAUUCCGAUAUGGAUGGAUAUACAAGGUGACAUGAAAGAUUAUUUGACGGUUAGUAUGUCUGAAGCUAUCGAAAAUGCAGCUGCUAUCUGCUGUUUUAUUACAUCGAAAUAUCAAAGUUCACCGUAUUGUAAGAAGGAAUUACUCUAUGCGCAAGAUUGUCAAAAACCACUAAUACCAUGUCUCAUGGAUGCGGAUUCUACUUGGAGACCGGCAGAAUGGCUUGGCUACGCCAUUAUUGAUAUUAUGUAUAUUGAUUUUCGUGAUCUAUUGACGAAUAAAACACCGGAGAAUUUCGAUGCGAAAUGUGAAUUAUUAAUCAAACGUAUUAAAAGAACAGUCGAUCCCUGUGUCUUGGGUUUGUUUUCGACAUGA